AUGACUGGUCAGUGUGAACGACAUUCCAUUUGGGACUUGGGGUCGCAGCUCGUGGUGGCCACGGCAGGAGCCAUCAGCAAAUCCCAGCCCAUCAGGUCCUCGCAGCUCCAGCCAGGUUCGCUCGAAGCUCCAGAUUGGCCAGAGGGCUACGGCACCUUGUUGCGCUUCCCCUUUGGAUUUGCCGAUAUGAAGACGCUGAAGGAAGUGGCUCGAGAGCUCUGGACGUCGGAAGGAACUGCAGCUGACAUCGAGGACGAGGUCUCACAGCUGGGUUUUCGCCAGCACAGAGGGAUGAGGUGUGCAUCUGAGAUGGUCGGUGUUCACCCGGUCGGCGGAGCCGGUGUUCGCUGGUCCGCAGCGCUGUGGGAAUCGGCUCAGCAGUGGUGCUCCGAGAACAAAGAAUGUACAGGCAUCAUGGUCUAUGUUGGCUCCAACACCAUGAAUUGUAAUUCCUGGUGUGGCAGACCUCAGUUCUGCAACGGUCACAUAGACGCUGCUGAAUCUGCCGGUGUAGAGGAGAGCAGCGAAUGGAAUCUCUGGGACACAUCCGCAGCGAAAACAAAAAAGCCUGCCUGCAGCAGGUCAAAGAUGCUGCUGAGUCCGGCACUGCCGCAUGACGGCCUCAAGGAGCUCCUCCUUCAGCUCGGCCCAACCGCCAGACGGAGUGGCAAAGAACUGAUAUCGACGGAGGGCGGCAAAGAAGCGGAAAAAAGUGGAGAUGUGCGUGCCAUGACAGCAGUUAUUCGGCCUAGUGGGCAGACCGAGCUGAGCAACGAAGGGCGGGCCCGAGCAGCGACCAUCGCUGAGCUCCAGUUACGAUACGAGCCCAAGCCGCAAAAAGAUGCCCAGCUCACAAGAAGCUUCACGAGGUGCGUGCAGUCUUCCGUGUCCUCGUCAAAGAUGCCCACACGGCUGCGGCGCAAGCUGAACGACAUCGGCGAGCAGCGAGUCUUGAAGGCCGGAUUGACUCGGCUCUGCACGAUGCUCACACGCGGCUUGAGCAGCCAGGUGCUUUCCGAACUUCCCCAGCGGUCGGGAGGAGGUCAGCUCUUUAUGACGCCAUCCUUCUACCAACGCCUGCUACGUGGUCAGACAGAGCUCAAAGUCUUGCUCGAAGGUGACGUGGCUGCGGCUCAAUCGGACCUGCGCCAUCUCCGACUUGAGCAGCUCCUCACCAUCCGAGUGUCCACGCUUGACUGGGCCACAGAGUCGCAUUCACACAGUGCUCAUACGAAUUUCCUGAUGUCCCUGGACAUGCAUCUCUUUGAGCGGUUGGCUCGCGAGUUCCUGCGAACAAUACCAGAUGUGAAGCCAGCGACUCUGCAUGCAUUAGGUGACAGAAUGCAGCUUGCACCUCCUUCAUAUCCUACGACGCACAAUGGGCUGGUGAAGCAGCUGUCCUCGUCCUCUUCUCAGAGCGGAAAUGUGAGAAGCCAGUCGAGACGCGAUGUUGUGCGACCUCGCCUAUUCACCCUGCUGGCUGCCGGUGCUGCAGCUCAGAGAUGUAGCAGAACCGUGAGACGUGCACUCAAAACUGAGUAUGUCCGUUUUGCCCGUGAAGAUCUUCUUUCACCCGAAGAUGGUCCUGAGGAGCAUGAACAGUUCGAGCUGGACGAUGGAGAGAAGCGACGUUUGGAUGUUUUGCUGUCCGAAAAGUAUGAGCAGUCCCGCAGCUACUUUGGGGCGCUAAUCCGUCAGGGUGCUGUCCAGGUCAACGGCCGCGUCCGCAAAAAGUCCUUCCGAGAAUAUCACCCAGGUGAUGUGGUGGAUGUUCGGUUCCUCCUGGAUGAAAGUACCCUUCCCAUGAAACCAGAGCCAAUGGACUUAGACAUUUUGUACGAGGAUGACCACAUUCUCAUAGUCAACAAGCCAGCUGGUCUUGUUGUGCACCCAGCCCCUGGGCAUUGGAAUGGGACACUGGUGAAUGCAGUGCUUCACCAUCUUGGGUUUCGAUCCUCGCAGGACGGCUUGCCUUCAGCAUCGCCUGGUCCAGCAGCCAAGUUUCGCCCGGGAAUUGUGCAUCGCCUGGAUGUUGGAACCUCGGGUGUCAUUGCGGUGGCAAAGACAUCCCAGGCCUUUUCGACUCUAAGUCAGGCCUUCUCGCGCAGAGAAGUUCAAAAGACCUACCUCGUCAUCUCCGUUGGAGGAAGGAAGUACUUCUUCGGCCAUUCUCGUGGUGGGGGCCAUUUUGUGGACAUCCCUAUAGGGCGCUCCAAAAAGGACCGCCGUCGCAUGGCUGCAGUUGCAAAAGACUGUGGAGGACGCCCUUCUGUCAGUCUUGUGCGAGGGCUCGCGAGGGACAACCGGGAUCUUAUACUCCUCGAGGUAAAGCCUCGCACGGGAAGGACGCACCAAAUUCGCGUCCACUUGGCCGAAGAGCAUUCUCCAAUCCUUGGGGAUGCCUCCUAUGGCUGGGAGCAUCUUAACCGGCGAUAUGCGGGAUUGGCGACACGACCUAUGUUGCACGCCUUCCGCCUCGCUUUCGCACACCCUGUCACUGGAGAGCAGAUGGAAUUCGAAGCGCCGCUGCAGGAAGACAUGCGAAAGCUUAUCACUCGGAUGGAACCUGAGCCUGAAGAGGCUGCCUACGUGCAAUCGCUCUGGAAACCAGCCUAG